AUGGCUGGCAGCCGAUCUCCUACUCCAGAGUUUUCGCCUCUGGCAGUCGGCGUCGAUCUUGCCCCUCUGCCCGCAUACAAAGCAGCGGCCACGGCUGGUUUCGACUUUGAUGGCCACCUUGCAAAACCUCUGCGGCUACACGAGGACUUGACUUCUGGCUGUGGUGGGCAGACAUGGCCGGCGGGUAUGGUCCUGGCGAAGCACAUGCUCCGUUACCACCAAAAGGAUCUGCGCGAGUCAAGAAUUCUAGAGCUCGGUGCCGGCGGCGGGCUUGUCGGCCUAGCGGUCGCCAGCGGCUGCGAGCUCGAAAACCCGCUCUAUAUUACCGACCAGCUGGAGAUGUUCUCGCUGAUGGGACACAACAUCGAAUUGAACGAGCUUCAGGGUCGCGUCAAGGCUGCAAUUCUGAACUGGGGAGAGGCGCUUGCGCAGGAGAUCGUAGACUUCCAACCAGAUGUCAUUCUGGCUGCCGACUGUGUGUACUUUGAGCCAGCCUUCCCUCUGCUCAUGACGACGCUUUCCGAUCUCCUGUCUCUGUGCCCGUCGGCAACAAUCUACUUCUGUUUCAAGAAGAGACGCCGCGCCGACAUGCAGUUCCUCAAAAAGGCGCAGAAGGCGUUCGAUGUGGCUGAAGUCCACGAUGAGGACCGCCCAGUAUUCAGUCGACAAGGGCUAUUUCUGUACAGCUUCAGGAGUAAGACAACGAACCGCACUGGUUCUCAAAUAGGGUGA